AUGCAAAAGGUGAAUAAUGAGACUUUUAGAAGCAUUAAACCAAAUUUCUCACCUUGUCCAAUACCUAUUACUGCUCAGGAGGAAACAGCAGCCAUAGAUGAAAAAAAUAUGAUGAAAAAAGAGCUUUUAGCAAUUAUUAAUUCAUUGCUAAAUUCUAUUAAUAUUUCAGAUUAUCCAAA